CAAGAGACCAUUUAUGAAGCACAUGUCUUCCCCAACUUACACAAAUGCGCAAAAGUAAUAAUUACAUGGGUAUUAUAGUCAUGUCACAUUUAAGUGGUACGGUUACGAGACGACCAAGCGAUGAACCCGAGACCAUUGCCGAGCUCCAUUCUGCUCCAUUGCAUCUAGAGCCAUGCGACCUCUUUCUCUCUCUUAUCUGAAGAUUUGUUUUUUUUUAAAAAAAAAAAUUCUUAAUGACCCCAUUGGAUUCGAACCAAACCCAUGACACGAGAGAAUGAUGAGAACCAGAUCACACCAAUCUUGAUCCAAAUGAAAUAGAAAAACAAUUCAUUCUUGAGAAACACCAACGACCCUUUCUCUACAUCUCUCCCAAUCUCCAUCCCUUGAUUUCUACUUCUCAAUCAUUAUCAUCACCAACAAAGAGAAAGCUCGGUUUCAUCUUUGCUCCUCUUAACAAUCAAGCAAUGUCGCUUGACACUAAGAGACCUAGCAUCAACAAGACCAAGAAGAAGACGGGUUUCAUCGUCAAAAUGCAGCUAAACAACAACAACAACAGAAGUGGACACAACAAAAGAAACCUCUUCUUCGUCUUCUUCAGAAACUAUUACAGGUGGGUCAUCUGGUUGUUCCUCUCUCUCUAUUUCUUCACAUCUUACUUCGCCGGAGACCAAUCCUCACCCUCGACCACCACCACAACGAGUCUCCUGUCUAACCACCUAACGUCGUCGUCCCUCCCAUCUCGCGCUCUCAUCGAAUCUUCCGCCAUUCUCAAACCAGGCGGUCUCUUCAGCGGAAUGAAGAUAUACGUUUACGAUCUACCGGCGAGAUUCAACGUCGACUGGGUGACGGCGUCGGACCGGUGCGCCAGUCACCUCUUCGCGGCGGAGGUAGCCAUCCACCGCGCCCUUCUCUCUGACUCCUCCGUCCGUACGUUGGACCCGGAAGAAGCAGACUUCUUCUUCGUCCCUGUGUACGUCUCCUGCAACUUCUCAACAUCCAACGGCUUCCCUUCUCUAAGCCACGCUCGCUCCCUCAUCAGCUCCGCCGUCGAUUUCCUCUCCGACAGUUACCCGUUUUGGAACCGGACUCGAGGCUCCGACCACGUCUUCGUCGCUUCUCAUGACUUCGGCGCAUGCUUCCACGCCAUGGAGGAUAUAGCGAUUGAAGAAGGGAUUCCAGAAUUUAUGAAAAAUUCGAUAAUUUUACAGACGUUUGGAGUUAAUUACAAGCAUCCAUGUCAAGAAGCCGAGCACGUGGUGAUCCCGCCGUAUAUUCCGCCGGAGAGCGUGCAGAGAGCAAUAGACAGAGCUCCGGCGAACGGACGGCGAGACAUAUGGGCGUUUUUCCGGGGGAAGAUGGAAGUCAACCCUAAGAAUAUAAGCGGACGCUUUUACAGCAAGGAAGUGCGAACGGCGAUUUUGAAGAAAUACGGCGGGAGGAGACGGUUUCAUCUUAACCGGCACCGGUUUGCUGGAUACCGUUCAGAGGUCGUGCGAUCGUUGUUUUGUCUCUGUCCUCUCGGAUGGGCCCCAUGGAGUCCUAGGCUAGUGGAAUCCGCCGUGUUGGGAUGCGUGCCCGUGGUUAUCGCGGAUGGGAUAAAGCUACCGUUCUCCGAGACGGUGCGGUGGUCGGAGAUAUCUCUCACGGUGGCUGAGAAAGACGUGAAGAAUCUGCGUAAGAUACUAGAGCGCGUGGCGGCGACUAAUUUGUCUGUGAUACAGCGAAACUUGCGUGAGCCGGCGUUUAAGCGGGCCCUCUUGUACAAUGUGCCGAUGAUGAAAGGUGAUGCCACGUGGCAUAUUCUCGAGGCGUUGCGGAGAAAGCUCGAUCGAUCUUCCCGGAGAUCAAGUGUUUUGAGCCAAUGAGUAGUUGACACGUAGGAUCAUGUGUCUAAAUGGAUGCCAGGCUGGAAUUUUUGGACUGUUGUCGAUAUUGUGAAACCGGAUGUCUCGUGUGGGGUCCAUAACGUGAGGAGAUUAACUUGGGCACGUGAGAUGUUUGCUGAGCUGGCUAUCAAUGAGUGGAGUAACAUGUGACUCAGGGAAGUAAAGUGUAAAGUAUGCUGACGUGUAAUUCUUUGGUUGAGUAGUCAUAUAAUUAUUUGAAAAUAAUAAAAGGACUUGUAGAUCGAAAUGCAUGCAGGGUUAAAUUAAAUCUCUACUCUCAGUUUA